AUGGCGCCGAUUGAUAUCGAAGAAGUCCGCAGAAGGAUUGAGGCUGCACAGUUGGAGGCCUACCAAAACCAAAACCCUGAAACAGAGAAUCAGGAACAAGACACCACUCAGAAUCGAGACUUUGUCAGACCUCAUCUUAGCGCCGCUGACCUAGAAGUAAUCAAGCUUUUGGAAGUCGUGCGUGAUAUAGAAUGGGUCACCAAGGAUGGCGAGUUCCAGAAGACAGAGAGACAGGAUUGGACGUUUGCGGACAGCGACCAUGUGUUGGCGGCCGGCGGGCUACGGGCUGCCUUACGAGCAGCCGGUCAAACCGGAGUCGAAUUCAUCAACGCCCAACCGGCAGCAGCUUCCGCAACAGCUCAACCGGCAGUAGCUCAACCGACAGCAACUCAGCCUGCAGCAGCUCAGCCCGCAGCAACUCAACCGGCAGCAACUCAACCGGCAGCAACUCAAUCGGCAGCAACUCAACCGGCAGCAACUCAACCUGCAGUAGCUCAAGCCGCAGCAGCUCAACUAGAGGAGGCGCAGCCCGAAGACUUUGAGGCAGAAGCGCAAACGAACAUGCAGCCAGAAGGGAUGGAAAUGGAAACGGUCAACUUUGAUGAGUAUGUUCCCGAUGCACCGGACCCGGUAGUGGCGUCACAAUCUCAGUCGCCCACCCCGCAGCCCGACCCGCUCGGCUUGUGUGCGUACCAUAUCGAUGAUGAAGACGAUUAUUGGAAAUUUCGGUUGACCCCUGCAACUCCUCGUGACGACUAG